AUGACAAUCAACAGGCAGAUUUUCAACGUUUUUCUAUGUGUUUUGUUACUGCACAUAUGCUUGGAUUUUGGAGAGCAUUUUAUAUUCUCUCUAGCGGAUAUUGAACAGGUAAACAGUGCUUCUCAGAGUGCAAGUGCAGCCGAAACAUUGGAAGUAAAUCACUUGACUAGUGACACGAUCUAUGAUGAGGAACUGUAUGUAAAAUUACCAUCCACGUUCAGAUCGAAAACUGUCAAUAUGCGAGAUUUUAAAAUGGAAAAUAGCACAAGUAUAGAGGAUCUAAGAGAUCAACUUGCAUAUGAAUUUCCUUAUAAUGCAGAUAUAUCAAUACCUCGCUCAGUAUGGCAAACUUGGAAACAUUCUGAACACCAUGAACUAUUUCCAGAGUAUUACAAAUUAUUAGUCGAAUACUGGAAAAAUAAGACCGACCAUUACUCUCUAAUAACAGACCAGCAGCUUAUCCCCUUAUUAGAGGAUAUAUACAGCAAUGUGCCUCUAGUCUUAGAGGCCAUCAGAGCUAUGCCAGUGACAAUUCUCAAGAUUGAUUUCUUCAGGUAUCUUAUUCUGUAUGCGAAAGGUGGAAUCUACUCUGAUUUAGAUACAUUGCCGUUGAAACCAUUAGAACACUGGGUUUCAGUUAAUCAAACUAAGUUGAAUAAUUUAUACCAAGUGUCAAAUAGGACCAAUGAACCAUUAACUUAUCAAAAACUAAAGAAUUCUAAUCUUCCUAAAAUGAGAAAACAAGGACCAGGUAUAGUGAUUGGUAUUGAAGCAGACCCCGAUAGAGUAGAUUGGCAAGAUUGGUAUGCCAGACGAGUACAGUUUUGUCAGUGGACGAUUCAAGCGAAGCCUGGGCACCCCAUGUUAAGAGAAUUGAUCUUGAACAUAACUGCUACAACUCUAAAUAGUGUGUAUGAAACUAAUGGAAAGUUUUCAAGUUUUUUAGUUGGUCCAACUAUUGAUUAUGAUAUUGUUGGGAGAUCAAGCCACCCUAUUUUAAUAAAUGAUUCAAUUUCUCAUUUGAAAACCCGUUCAAAUGUAGACGGUACUGAUAUAAUGAACUGGACUGGCCCUGGCAUUUUCACAGACCUAGUUUUCGAAUAUUUUAAUAAUUUACUGAGUAAAAAUGAUGAUGUACUGUUGUUGAAUAGAAAUAUCGAGCCAAGUAACACUACACAACCGAACUAUAAAUUUUAUGACCAUAUAUAUCGUAAUCUGAAUUAUAGAAAUAUUAUCCCAUGGGAGUUUUUUUCACUGAUAACAAAACCUGUGAUAAUAGACGAUGUCAUGGUGCUACCUAUUACCAGUUUCUCGCCAGAAGUAAAUCAGAUGGGCUCAAAGUCUAGAGAAGAUCCAAUGGCAUACGUUUUGCAUUUGUUUAGAGGAACAUGGAAACAAAAAGCUGAUGAGAAUAAAUUGAAUAAGACCAGUUAA